AAUACAAUUUCCCUUUCUUCAACGCGCGGACCACUCACUGCUCAGCGCUGACGUACCAGCGACGCUUUCCCUCCCUUUUUUUCCUCUCCGUUUGCCACUUUAGAUCUCAGCCUCCUCCCUCAUAUUCUGCUUCUGAUCUGGUUUCUCUUAGUCCUCCUCAGCUUCACUCUGCGUCCGUCUCGAUGGCUGCUCCGCCCGCUAGAGCCAGAGCUGAUCAUGAUUAUCUCAUAAAGCUCCUUCUAAUCGGCGAUAGCGGUGUGGGAAAGAGUUGCCUUUUAUUGCGCUUCUCAGAUGGGUCUUUUACGACAAGUUUUAUUACAACCAUUGGCAUUGACUUUAAACUUAGGACCAUAGAGCUGGAUGGCAAGCGAAUUAAAUUGCAAAUAUGGGAUACUGCUGGUCAAGAGCGGUUUCGAACAAUUACCACUGCUUAUUAUCGUGGAGCCAUGGGUAUUUUGCUUGUGUAUGACGUCACUGAUGAGUCAUCUUUUAACAACAUUAGGAAUUGGAUUCGUAACAUUGAGCAGCAUGCUUCCGACAAUGUCAACAAGAUACUGGUGGGUAACAAGGCUGACAUGGAUGAAAGCAAAAGGGCUGUUCCAACCUCAAAGGGUCAAGCUCUGGCUGAUGAAUAUGGCAUCAAGUUCUUUGAGACUAGUGCAAAAACGAAUUUGAAUGUUGAGGAGGUUUUCUUUUCAAUAGCUCGGGACAUCAAGCAGAGACUAGCAAAUACUGAUUCAAAGACUGAGGCUCAGACAAUUAAGAUUAACCAAGCAGACCAGGGAGGGGCUACUCAAGCUGCCCAAAAAUCAGCCUGCUGUGGUUCUUAAUUGACAUACGUGCUCAAGGCUUUCAAUUUGACUGGGGAAGUUAAUUUUUGUCACCAGCUUUGUUGUUAGUGCUUGUAUUUGACAGCUGCUACUCAUUGGAUGUGAAUUGUGGAUACUUGUGUUGCGGAAUUGAACAUUAUUAUACUUCUCUGAUACGAAAUAUAAGACUUAUUUUAUAAUAAUUUGCAAAAUGGGUCAUUUAUUUAA